AUAGAUCCGUUCAGCGUGGCUCUUAGUACUCUAAGUAUCAUCAAUACAGCAUUACAGAGUAUUAAUACUUUAAUCUAUACUAUCAAUGCGAUCAAAGAUGUGCCUGGCAUCAUUAUUAAUCUAAAAAAUGAGCUGGCAGCAGUAAACACGAUUCUUAUUACUUUGGACAAUGCACAAAGGGAUAAAAAGCUUGAAGCACUCACACUCAAAGCAAAGACUGCGUUGCAAUUAGCCAUUACUAAUUGCGCAAGGGCCUGUGACAACUUUAGUACGAAGCUGAAGCAAUGGACAAAACACUCAAAUGAGAAAAUUCACUGGUGGGAUCGUGUUCGUAUUAGUCUUUUUGCGGAGGCAACAAUCAAGGCUCUCAGCAAGCAGCUCAGCUGCUGCAAAUCUACUAUGAGCACGGCAGUCAGCACGGCAGUCCUAUAUAUACUUAUUUACACACACGCGUAG